AUGGCCGAACUCGCGGCGGCACGAGCAAACGGGGAAUUGGCCAGUGUACUACGCGCUAUUCUGAUCAACCCCCUGAACCAUCAAAAAAAUCUGGAACUCACGGCGUUCCAGAAAGAUCUCAAAGACAAAGCACUUGCAGCUGGAGUCGAGCCGCAACAUGCCGAUCAAGCUCAACUUAACAUUCCUGCUAUCAAAGCAUUCUGGGACACGAUUGUCUGCCACAUGGCAUUAUACCCCUAUCAGAUUACACCACCAGAGGAUGCGACGCAAAUGGCACAAUUGUUGAAAUUAUACGAAUCGUGUAAAAGUCGUGCUGAUGAAUUUGUAAAAAAGUGUGAGUUGCCUGCAGUAUACACGAAUGUUUUCUGUCCAACAUCCGAAGUACUUAAUUUUGAAAAAAUGGACGUUACAUCUCUACGCGUCUCAAAUCCCUUAGCAAUGUAUGAUUUGUUAGAAAAACGAACAGAAUUCCUAGGUGCCAAUGGGGCUUUCAACAAAGCAAUCUAUUCAAGGACCCCAGCGGGAGCAAAGCUGUUAUCAACAGUAUAUGAUAACCCAGAAUCGGACGCCUACAAAAACCACCAAGCAUUUAAAUCCGACAUCGAAGACGCUGUUGAGAAGAUAAAAGCCUUCGAUGCAGUAGCUGCAGCCGUCGUUGCUCAAUAUCCAGAUUUAGAAAACCAAAAGAUCGCUUUCAAGACCUUUCAAGACGAUGCUUUGGUUUGUGCAAUUGGAAUUGAGGAAGCAUUAAGUGCUAUAGACGCUAAACCAGGAGAUGACAAACCAAAGAUAGAACUCAUCGGCAGAGUGAAUCUAGUUACAAAAUGGUUUCUAACCUUCCCAUAUAAUUGUAGUCUUUUAGAGGCUAUAGCUGGAAGAGGUCUCCAGGUUGUAGCUGGAUAUAAUAAAAUCCUGCUAGACAAGGGAAUUUCUACAUUACCAGAACCAGAAGAAACACCAGAAUCAGAAUCACCAACGCUACCAGACGCACCAACGCUACCAAACGCUACCAGAUGCACCAGUGGCAACAGUGGCACCAGUUGCGCCAGUUGCGCCAGUUGCGCCAGUUGCACCAGUUACACCAGCGCCUUCACCUCAAGCAACCCAGCCAGUUCCCCAGACAAUCAAUGGACAAGUUCAAUAUCCUAGGAGACAAAAGAAAGCACAAACUCUGCCGGUUGAUGGAAUCAUGCAUAAUAACACACUUAAAACCAUUCAAUCCUGUGUAAUGGUGGGUGGUAGGAUGAAGCUACUCACUCACUGGCAAAUACCCGGACAGACUGAGAGAGCAUACUGCCUUCUUUCUGGGAGUGAUUACAAGGGGACUAUGGCAGACUUUUUACAAGACAAUGGCGCAAAAGAAGAGAGGGGAAAAGCCAGUGAUCUUGACAAACUUCGCUUUAGAGAACUGGAGAUUUAUUUUGUAGCCCCGGUGUGGCGCGAGGACCCAGAAGAGGAUUUCGGUUAUUCCAACGCACCUAUGACACUCGCUGCUGUCUAUGUAGAUGAAUUUCCGAAACUUUUUACGAAAAGUGAGCUAGCUUGUCGCAAAAUUUGGAAAACAGGUAAGAGAUCUGAUGGAGCAGUAUUGUCAGGAUGCUGGAACUCUCGUUGAGUAUCUAGGGUACAAAGAGAAGAAGGUUCGCUUGCAAGACUGA